AUGGCAGCGGUUAUCUGCAUCUCCGAUACGCACAAUGAGCAGCCGCAUGUACCGAACGGCGACAUCUUGAUCCACGCCGGCGAUCUGACAGUCAACGGCACAUUUGAAGAGCUGCAGUUACAGCUCGACUGGUUGAACAGUCUGCCACACCAACACAAGAUCGUCAUAGCAGGGAAUCACGAUUUGCUUCUCGAUCAGUCCUUCUUUCGCCGCAACCCACGACUUGCAAGCCGAGAGAAUGAUGAACGCAGACUGCGAGAUCUCAGAUGGGGAAGUGUAGUAUACCUCGAGAACGAGCUGAGGGUGCUCAACGUUCGGGACAGGGACGUCAAGGUCUAUGGAAGUCCCAUGACGCCGAAAUACGGCAACUGGGCGUUCCAAUACCAAGCAAAAGACAUGUGGUCAAACACUGUCCCGGAGGCGACGGACAUACUCGUCACGCAUGGCCCUGCCAAAGGCCACCUCGACUCGGCUGUGCUCAUCUUCAGCGGGAACUUUGGCGUGUGA